AUGGCUGGCCUUUCAGACGGGGUGGAAGGCGAUCUGUUCGACCUCACCGAGCUCGUUCUCGGCCUCGAUAGCGACGAGGAUUCCGUGCGCAAGAUGGCUGCAUUCAAGCUCCAAUCAAGUAUAGGAGAUCCAUCCUUUGCAGAGGUGUUCGUCGCAUCCGGCGGUCUCGUGAGACUACGACAUUUGAUUAUGAAUGCGACGGGAAAUACUCUGGCGUAUGGGCUUACGGCGUUUUCGAGGCUUUUGGACGUCGAUCGCGGCUGGGAAGCUGUGGCAGAGGAUUUGGUUGAGAGGGUCGUCGAGCUGAUCGUAACGCACCCUCUCGUCAAUAUACUUCGGGGCGCAAUGUCGAUUCUUGUCGCCAUCGUUUCACAUUCAUUCGCCGCGGGUCGGUCUUCGCAAGCAUAUUCGUUUGGAUUUAGAGCACUUAAACCUGUCAUCAGCCGUCACCCCAAAUUCCUUGAGACCUUGGUCGGCAAAUUAUCCUCGGCCGACCACGCGCUGUGCGCAAACUCGCUACAAUUGAUCAAUUCGUUGAUGCGGGAUGCGAUCAGCACAGACCCGGAAGGGGAUUGGCAGGGAUUCGUCAAGCGGCUACAAGAAUCAGGCGCGUUUAAAGCAGUGUAUCUAUUGAUGCAAAGCAGUGCAUUACAGGAACUGGCUCAUCCGCUGCUGGAAUUCCAGGCGUUGACCAAAGUGCUUUUGCGGAAAUGGCGGAAUGUCAUGGUCGACCCAGCAAGUUCGGAACAUAGGAAGGCACUGAAGGGAGUGUAUCUAGCCAGCAACCCGACCCCUCCUGGAACCGCCUCAGACGACGGCGACACAAAGAGAAGCCGAAAGAGCCAUCCAGAAAAAUGGCGUCGACUCGGUUUCGAGUCUGAAGCUCCGGCGAUAGAAUUUGCCGAAGUAGGCGUCCUCGGAAUGUUGGAUCUGGCAGAUUAUGCGAACAAGCGCCAAGAAGAACUUCAAAAGUUACUUUUGGAAGAGUUGGCGUUGCCCCAGGAUCAGCGAUGUCCUGUUGCCCGAGCGAGCAUUGCCGUUACUUUGAUUCUGUACGAGCAUUUUGAGAUUGACAAGUCAGAGAUUGAAGACGCCAAGGGCUACAUUGCUUUUGAGUCGCGAACGUCUUUUGAGAAACUCUUCCGGCCACUGCUUCUUCAGUGGCCUAGACUGCACAAUAGCGCUCUGGAAGCCUUUUUCCGCCUAUGGAAAACCACUGGAGCCGAACAGGUGGACUUUGAGAAAAUAGUGGAUCUAGUGCGCAUCCUUGUUGACCAGGUCGUCGGCCAGGCUGCACGGACAGCUGAUCUCGACGAGGUGCGAGAGGAAUUCGCAGCAUUUGACUGUGCAAAAUUGAGAGAGAUUCAAAUGGAGCUGCUGGAAAUGGCUUAUGAAGACGUCUGGGGCAAGCACUUGAGGCAAGUUCGUGACGAGCUCGACUACGAAGCUCUACAUUUUGUCAAGGAACAACGAAUCAGAUGUUUACUCCAGGGCGCCUGGUUUCCUGGCGCACCAGACCCCAACCCCUCGAAUGGGCCUGUAAAGCCGCAAGACCUCUUGCCUGCAUCGUGGCGCUUCGUCCGACUGUCGCAUAAUCGACGAUAUCUCCACUAUGCGACCUUUAACGAAAAGUCGACGCUGGAUCCGAGUCUAGAGAUGCUUUCUGAAAAGAUCGACCUAUCCAUUGUGUCCUCCGUCGUGUCGAAUUUCGAUCCAAACGACUCGUCCCCGCAAAAGCGGCCAUUGACAACUGCUACAACGAGCAGUUCGUCCACUAUCCACGCCGACCCGGCUACAAACACCGCGGUAAAACCACAACAUACUUCCUCCUCUUUCCCUACAUCAUCUUUCAAUCCAAACCAUGCAACUUCCAAAUCGUCCUCAUCAUCCCUAUUACUCUCCCCAUCAUCCUCAUCAGCAGCUGCGGCUGCGGCUGCGGCUGCUGCUACAUCGUCAGAACUCUACCGCAUCGCCAUCCUCACGCGCACAUCAUCCAACCCACCAGCAUCAGCAUCGUCAAAAUCUCAUUUCCCACAUCCCUCUACCGCCUCUUCCUCCCACCAUUCUAAGCAUAAACAUCAUCCAAGCCAACCCGCCGUCCAAGGCCGUCACACGGGCAUGUCUGCUGGAGCUGCCGUUACUGCUGGUGGUGGUGGUGGUGGUGGUGGUGGUGGUGGUGGAAAAGCACCCGGAACAAGAGGAGGCACAGCCAUUGCAAGUUCUAGCGGACCCGCACCCGCUCCAGAAACCGUCCUGCUCAACCUCUCCACCCCUUCGUCCGACCUCGCGGCCGAGUGGUUCGACUCCUUGCUCAUGCUCCUCGGCCACCCGCCCCUCACGGCCCACACGCAUCGUCUUAUCGAGCUGAUUGCUUCGUAUGGAUUGAAGAUACGACUACUUAAUGUCCGGUAUGAUGCGCAUUCUCUGUCCCCGUCCACGUCCCAUUUUGGAUCUACCUUUGCGUUAAACCGUGAUUAUGAUGAUGUUGAUGAAUAUGGGCACGGGCAUGGUCAUGAUGGCGGUGGUGGCGGAGUUGGGGGGGCGGUUGGUGGUGGUGGAGGAGGAGGAGGAGGAGCAAGAGGAGAAGGAGUAGGAGUAGGAGGCAGCAGAGAAGUCAAGACUAGAGGUGCAGGCGCAGGCGGGAUAAACCCACGUGCAGGGACAGCAGAUGAUUACGCGUCAGGCGUUCUCCUCCUCCCGCAAGUCCCGAGCCGCGAAGGCCUGGAUGAUGAUUACUGGUAUGAGGAUUUUGGAGGAGGCGGCGGCGCCGGUGGCGGUGCGGGUGCAAUUGAGGCUUGA